AUGGGUCACAAGAACAAGGAAGGCGGCAAGAAGGCUGCAGCGGCGAGGCGUCGGUGGGAAGGCCUCAUUGGCACCGUCCGUCAACUUCAACCCCAAGGACGUGGACGGACCCGUUGGAGCUCCCGGACAUGUGCGUGGCGGUGCUCCACGACAAGUUCUCCUCCGCAGCCACGCUGGAGGCGGCGUCAAGGCGUCGCUUCGUCGGUCUUGUUGGGCGCGUCGUCGUGCCGCUCGACGAGAGGCCACCGACGGCGAGCCCCUCGUCAUCUUCGCCGUGUCGCCGUCUCCAUCAAGAAAGGGAGCGCUGCCCCGGCGUUCGCCAAGGAGGCCCGCCUCGCGUCAUGCAGCGUCGGCCUCUCUCGCGCUCACCCUCCACGGCGGCGGCGCCACGGAGAUCUGGCCAAGUCAUUCCCGAUCUUGGCCCGAACGCUGCAAGAGCCCAUCGUCCAUGGACCCGGCAGCGGUGGCCGCCGUGCUCGACUCCCUCGGCCGUCACUUUCGCCCGCUGGCUUGGCACGGGAGGACGCGGAGCGGUCGCUCAAGGCCAUCUGGGGCGUGGCGAGCGCCGCCCAGCUGGUGAGCGCGGCGCUCUCCACGUGGACGUUCCUCCUCACCACCGCCACCAUCACGGACGCGCAGCGGAAGGCGGACCGCGCCGCCUGGAACGCGACCGUCGCGUCCCUCGCGGGGCUGCUCCAGGCCGACGACCGCGCCGUCCGGAUGGCCGCCGGCGAGGCGCUGGCGGUGUGCGUGGAGCUGAACCUGACGCAGCACACCCCGCGCAAGGACAUGGAGGCGGUGCAGGCCCGGGUGUCAGACCUGGCCGCCGAGGCCGGCGGCAAGGGCGCGGACAGGGCGCUGCUCGUGGAGCAGAAGGAGCUGUUCCGGGCAGGUCUCGGCGUACAUGGAGCGCGGCGAGCGGCCCAAGAAGGCGCUGCAGACGUCGUCGGACCGGCGCAAGUCCAUCAAGGUGUCGUCGUGGGCCAAGAUGGUGCAGCUCAACUUCCUGCGGCGGUUCCUCGCCGCCGGUUCCUGAGCCACGUGAAGGGCAACAAGCUGCUCAAGGAGUCCUUCGACGCUGGCGCCGACGAGAAGAGCACGCUGUCGAUCGCCAAGAGGAAGCUCAGCAUGAAGACCAAGGACAAGGUGAUGAAGAUGAACUGCGAGCAGGCGUGGGCGGCCAAGAACGUUUACUGCAUUCCUCAAGGUGGGCCGCCGGAGAGCAACAGGCCGGAACAGCUUCUCAAACUUGGCUGGCACUAG